AUGGUGAAAUUUUCCUCCGCCGCUGUCUCGGCAAUCCUUUUUGCUGGAGUCACUACUCUCAGUGUCGAUGCUUUUGCUCCAUUGAAGAGCCAAUCUCAGGCAGCCACGCCUAUGAAGAUGUCCACCGAGACUGCUAAAUCUGCAUCCGAUGUCUUGUGGACUCCCUCGUGGAAAUCGGGAGCACGCGACGAAGAAUUUGGUGCCAUUGACAAGUACUGUGAGGACUUGCACUUGGUGACUAGACGUAAAACCCGAACCGUCGAAUGCGGACCCAUCAAAUUUGGAUCGGACCAUCCCAUUGUCCGACAAACCAUGGCUACCACUGAUACUGCUGAUGUCGACGGAACCAUCGAACAAGUUAUGAGAUGUGCUGAUGAGGGUUUCGAUUUGGUUCGUAUUACUGUCCAGGGAAGAAGAGAGGCCACCGCUGCCCAAAAGAUUCGUGAGGGACUUUUCAAGAAGGGAUACGAUAUUCCUCUGUGUGCCGAUAUGCACUUUCAGCCAAAGGUUGCUUUGAUGGUCGCUGAUGCCCUUGAAAAGAUCCGUAUCAAUCCUGGUAACUUUGCCGAUGGUCGCAAAGAUUUCGCAGAAAAGGUUUACGAAACAGAAGCAGAUUACAUCCAAGAGCGUCAAUACUUGUUGGAUGCCAUGGCCCCAUUGGUUGAGAAAUGCAAGGACUUGAACCGUUGUAUGCGUAUUGGUACCAACCAUGGAUCUUUGUCCUCCCGUGUUCUUUCUUUCUACGGAGACACCCCACGUGGAAUGGUCGAAUCUGCCAUUGAAUUCGCUGAUAUCUGCCGAAGCAUGAACUACCACAACUUUGUCUUCUCCAUGAAGGCCAGUAACCCCCUUGUCAUGGUCCAAUCUUAUCGUCUCUUGGCUGCCGAACAAUACCGCAUGGGAUGGGAUUAUCCUCUUCACUUGGGUGUCACCGAAGCUGGUGAAGGUGAGGAUGGACGUAUGAAAUCCGCCAUUGGUAUCGGAACCCUUUUGGCCGAUGGUAUUGGUGACACUGUUCGUGUCUCGUUGACGGAGGACCCCGAAUUCGAAUACAAGCCAUGCAACCGCCUUGCAGAAAUGGCCGAAGCCCAAUUGGCCAGCAACGACGAUUCCAUGGCUCGCCAAAAGGCUGUCAAGCCCUACAAGGAUACCCGUGAUAUUACGACCUUUGCUCGCCGCGUAGGACAACUUCCCGAAAAGAACGAAGAUGAGAAUGUGGAUGCUAGUGAAUUCUUGGACGCCAACGGAAGUGUCCUUUCCGUUGUCACCCCCGAAAUGUUCAAAAAGGAAAAUGUUCAAUACUUGUACCAACAAUUGGGCUGCAAGACUGCUGUCGGCAUGCCCUUUAAGGAUAUCGCUACCACCGACUCUAUCUUUAUGGCCACCAUUCCCCCAUCUUCUGAUACUGAAGCCCGCACUGCCAUUCGCCGUUUGAUCGAAGUAAAUAUGGGUGUUGUCGUUCCAGCUGCUGAAUUGGAGAAGGAUCCUCUGCCAAAUGCCGUUGCGUUCAUGUCAUUGAACGAAGCCAUUGAAAAGGAUGGAAAGCUCCCUGAAGGUGCCAUCCGCAUGGUUGUUGGAUUGGAUGGUGACGAAGAUGAAGAUGUCUUGUUGAAGAUCAAGGACCUCAACCCCGCUUUCAUCAUGCUCAAGCCCAAGGAAGAACUCAGCCCCUUGCAUGCGUCCCGUCGCAUUUUCGAGAUUUUGAAGUCCAACGAUAUCAAGCAUUCCGUCAUUCACCACUUCGCCACCGAGACUGAGGACUCGAACGAAUUGGCUUUGGCGUUGGGAACCAAAAUUGGGUCCCUUUUGACCGAUGGAAAUGGAGAUGGUAUCAUGAUUGAACAAACCAGCGAGAAGAAGCCCUUCGCUGUUGACUUUAUUCGUCAAACGUCUUUCAGUUUGUUGCAAGGAUCGCGUAUGCGUAACACCAAAACCGAAUUCGUUUCUUGCCCUUCAUGUGGAAGAACGUUGUUCGACUUACAAGAGACUACCGCGGCCAUUACUGAGGCUACUGGACACUUGCCUGGUGUCACUGUUGCCGUGAUGGGAUGCAUUGUCAACGGACCCGGAGAGAUGGCUGACGCCGAUUUCGGAUACGUUGGUACUCUUCCAGGAAAGGUCGAUCUAUAUUACGGAAAGGAAGUUGUCCGAAAGGGUGUCCCCAACGAGGAUGCCGUUGACGCCCUUGUUCAAUUGAUCAAGGACUACGAUAUGUGGAAGGAUAAGGAAGAGGAAGAAGAAGAGGAAGAAGCUGCCGUUGUCGCAUAA